UUCGUAAUAUUUGUACAAUAAUAUUAAAAAUGUCAAUCCAAAAUAUCUUGCAAAAUAAAUAAAUUUAGGUACAUCAUUUUUUCCUUUAAAUAAUUCAUGACGGUAUUUAUAAACAAAUAAUCGGAUAAUCGUAAAGUAAACAAACACAGCACGAUAUCAUAGCGGUUCGCGCUCCCCUUCUGUGCGUUUAUAGUUAUGCGCUGGAGUAUAAGGGACUCUUUAUAGUCAGUGCGCGCGAGUCGGUCGCACGCGCGCUCUACACGCGCUCUACUGUACAAUAAACUUUGUGCGUACGAAGCUUACUGUACAACUGAGGUUUACUGUAUGCUGUAUACAAACGUACCGCUUCCGUCCCUGUCAACGAUGAGCUGGAACCAACAGCACGAUAGGCCCUGCGACAAGUUGGAGAUCAACGAGGCUGUUGGGGAGUUACUGAGGAACUUCAACUAUGACAAUAUCGUGCCACAGCCUGCCAAAGGUGGUGGUUGCAUGCGUCGAGCGCACGUCAAGCGGCCUAUGAAUGCAUUUAUGGUAUUCGCACAGGCGAUGCGCAGGCGCCUCUCUGAACAGCGGCCUUCGCUUCACAACGCUGAGCUUAGCAAAUCACUAGGCACCAUGUGGAAGAGUCUAUCAGAAGAACAGAAGUUGCCGUUCAUCAAAGAAGCAGACAAGCUCCGUACCCAACAUAAAAGAGAGCAUCCCGAUUACAAAUACCAGCCGAGACGACGAAAGGCCCCACCGACUUCCAGCACACGACUCAAACGAGAACCAUCUCCUGACAGAGAUCAAAUCGAUUUUGCUGGAUUGCAGGACAUUUCGCCGGCACUACUGCCGGACGGCCCACCUGACGGAGCUGAAUUAGAUCAAUAUUUGAAACCAGGUCCGGUGCCUGACUAUCACGAGUUACAACCCAGAUUUGCAAGUCAUAGCCUUGCACACCACCCACCACCGCUCUAUGUGCCAUCCCAUCUCCAUCCACCAUGCACCGACUGGCCACACUAUACCGGCCACCCCUAAAACCAUACAUUGUAUUAAAUGUACUAGAAUUGUUCAUAGUUAACGUUGUCCGUGGUUAGAUAAAAUUCAUCGGAACUUUAUCGCCAUAUGACUUUUUUUAUGCUAAAAUAGGUCAGAUGACUGUCAUGUAAAUAAAUAAUUUUAUAUCGCUAUGAUGGUAUAAGAACGGCAAAGCGCACGUGCGUUUAAUCACAAACAAACAUAAAUGUGCAAACAUAUGUAAUUAUAGGAAUAUUCCUUUAAAUUAUUCUUAAUAAUUGAAAGAAAUAUUAUUAUUAGUUAAUAGUGUUUUCUAUGAAUCUCUAGGCGAACCAUAUGAUUCCAAAAUCCAUUCUAGAACUGACUAAACAUUAGGGAUAAUAUUUGUUUCAUAACAGGAAAUAAUAUGCUGGUAUAAAAAUUAACUCCGGAUGUUUCAUUUUCGGAGGUAAAAUUAAGUAUAGAUAAUAUUUCAAUAAUAUCUCAAAUAUUUAACCAACAUUUUGUUGUAUCUUAAAUAAAUAGAUAUGUUACCUUUUAUUGCAAUAUAGAUACGCCGCGAGAUUUUUUGAUGGUAUAUUUUCAAAGACUUUUCCACGAUUUACUAUAUAUAUCUCUCAACAGUUUGUAGAAUAAAAAACAUGCAUAGUUUUAAGUUUUACGUACAUAAAAAUACUCGUUCUACGUAUUUGUAUUGGACUUUGUGAGGUGACGUAAUAUGAAUCUGAAACUAAAAUAUAUAUCCAAAUACUACUAGAUAUAACAUAUUUUAAAAAAAUGAUCAGCCUACUGUUGAUUUGGCUGUUGCGAAAUUGUUGAAUUAGCUGUUUUAUUAAUAAAGAAUGUAUUAUUAAUAAUUCAAGAUUUUCAGGGGACGCGUAAUUUUAAAGACGCGCCAUUUUUUAAAGUUAAAUAAUAUUUAAAAUAUUCUGGUAUUUCUGUUUAAUUUAUAAUAAUAUACAUUGAAUAGAAAUGCCAGACACACAAGAAUAAAAAAGUGGAGCUCGUUUUAGUAUCCCUGUUUAUAUCAAAUCUAUAUACGAGUACCAUUUAUUGUACAUUCAGGAAUUUAUUAUACAUUCAGGAAUAGCUUAAAUCUAGGUAUGGUCUAAUCAAAUACAAAUUCAUCAACAUAAGAUAUAAAAAGUUAACGAGGGUUUGUUGAGAGGUACAGAAAUACUAAGUUUAUAAUAAUAAUUUUAGCCUAUACUAUCACUUAAUCGAUAUGAGAGUCAAUUAAAAAUGGACGAGGUACUAAAAUUUUGUCGAUAAACAAAAAUAUCUUAAAUUUAUUACUAUACACUAAAAUUGUUUUUAAAAUUCCUCAUGUUCCAAAGUUAAUUAAGAGUAGAACAUUAUAAAGGUAAAUAGCUACAUAAGAUAGGUAUAACAAAUAAGUUAUUAUUGUGAUUAAUUAUUCAUAAGUUUUAACAUUAUUUAAAGAUGUUUUAUAUAAGAACAUUUAGUUUGUAUUAAGUUGUAAAUAGAAAUUAAUGUUAUAUUAAAUACUAUCGAAUAAACACAUUGUUGAUAUUA